ACCAUUUGUAGCCAAAUGUCUAGUUCCUUUGCUGGAGAGCAAAUGCCGAUCGCCGCCGCAAUACCCCGCGCGCUCCUCCCCUUCGGCCGCCGUCAGCUCUCGCCGUCUCUCGCCUCCCGCCCUCGCUUCUCAUCUCCUACGCCUUUCUAUCUUCUGGCCCUCGCCCCGAAGCCUCCUCGGUUCCCUUUCCUCGUCGCCUCCGCUGCUGCUUCGUUCGAUGAUCUCGAUGCCGACGGGGAGUCGCAGCUCCGCUCUUCCAAGAAGGCAAUUCUUUCAAACUUAAUACAUGAGAUUGAGCCUUUGGAUGUGUCUCUUAUCCAAAAAGAUGUCCCACCAAAUACAAUUGAUGCAAUGAAGAGGACAAUCUCCAGCAUGUUGGGUUUACUUCCUUCUGAUCAGUUUGGUGUCCUAGUGGAAGCCUUUUGGGAUCCUCUUUUCAAGUUACUUGUUUCUUCGAUGAUGACAGGGUACACUUUGCGCAAUGCUGAAUAUAGGCUUUGCCUUGAAAGGAGCCUAGGUGUAUGUGAAGAAUUACCUGAUAGUCAGACAUUAGAAAACACUGCAGAUGAUGACCAGAUAACAACUCCUGACGGAACUUUAACUACCAUUAAAGUUUCAGAAGAACAAGAAUUGUUGUGCAACUCUGUAAAAAAUGAAGAGGAGUCAGUUUGUAGCAGCGUGGGUGUUGAAGGUCUUGGAGAAAUGACCCCGGAGGCUCAAGAAUAUAUUCUUUAUAUGCAGUCUCGUCUAUCUUCUAUGGAAAAGGAACUGCAUGACAUCAAGAGGAAAAAUGCUGCCCUACAAAUGCAACAUUUUGUUGGCGAAGAAGAGAAUGAAUUGUUGGAGUACUUAAGAUCUCUUCAACCUGAGAAGGUAGUGGAACUUUCAGAACCAACUUGCCCUGGUUUGCAAGAGAGCAUCAACUCUGUUGCUCACGGUCUUCUUGCAACUCUUUCUCCAAAGAUUCACACAAAGGCUCCUCUUCAAUCUGAAAACACCACAAGUACUAGUACCCUAAACAUUGGUAAAGAUGAUUGUCCAGAGCUUGUGGAAAACACUUCUCUUCAAUUUCAACCCCUCAUUUCCAUUUCCCGGGAUUAUCUUGCUCGUCUUUUAUUCUGGUGCAUGCUCUUAGGUCACUACUUAAGAGGUUUAGAAUACAGGCUAGAACUAGUGCAAAUCUUGAGGAUCUCCGGCAAUGUAGAACUGAUAUCUCAAGACAGUGAUUGUGUUUCUUGAUAAGCUUCUCCGGCUGCUGCCAUCUGAAUCAAGCGAUGGUCGGCUUUUUCUUGACUUUGUAGAUACACAUGGAGAUAUUUCGAUCGGUUGCUUUUAUUUGCCAUGUUAAAAGAAUCAUAGCUUUUGUUUAGUAGUUGCAUGGACCUGCAACAUUUUUCGGAGUUUCUCAUUUAUACUCUUUGUUCAGUUGAAAUGUUAUUUUGCCAAUCUCAGUUCAUAUGUACAAAGUCAGACUGAAUAACUUCAGGCAGUAUUUUCAAGUUAUGAAGAUAUGCAAAAAUUUCUUUAUAUGUUC